GUGUUUAUUCAGUUGGAAUUUCUAAAAGCAAAUUGCACUGGCUUAAUCUGGGCUUUUCCUGCUGUUUAUAUUAAGUAUUUCAGCUCUUAGUACCUUUCAGUAGAAAUUUUUGUGUGAAUUUUUUCAGGAUAUUUAAAGCUAUAUUAACUGACCAAAGCAAAAGUCAAUAUUAUGAAAGCUUGAUUCACAGUUGAGAUUGCUGAAAUCGUAAUUAUAAAUGAAUGGUUCUUUAAAUUAUGUUCGUUGCUUCAGGUGCCCUCUCUCAAGCUUCCUCUUAGUAUGUUUUGAGGGUUCACUAAUUUUCAGUGAAAGGAUUUACAGCAGGUGGCAGUUCUGCAGUUGUAUUUUUUCCCCUCCCAUUCCAGAUUAUAGCUUUUUGGCUAUCAAAAUAUUUUUUAGAUGGAAUCAUUAUAGGAUCAAAGAUAGUGAUCUGAAGACAUAAAGAUAAGAAAUGAGAUAUUGAAAACUUGGUACUUCUCUAAUGUGAAAGCUUUAAUGUUGGGAUGCAUUGGAGCUCACCAUAGCAUUUGAUUUUAAUAUAUUUUAAGCAUUCUAGAAGAGGGUGUGCACCUGGUUGAUGAGUGACAGCUGUCAUGGGCUGGGAAAUACUAUAUUGGUGGAAAUGAGCCUAUGAAGACCUGGAGAGUUUGUGAGUGAGGGCAGAAAUCAUCAGCUGAACUUCAGUGAAGGGAAAUGUAAGAAUGCAUUUAGAGGCAAAUAUUAGUUGAUAGAUGCAGAGUUAUCAGUGAUGGUCCAGAAAAGGGUCUUGUAGAGCACUCUCGACGACUUUAGCACAAUGUGUCUAUGACCAGGAAGGCCAAAAAGAUACCAGGCAUUGUUAGGCAGGGUGUUGAAAGGAAAAAGGACAACACUCUCUUCCCCUUCCAUAAAUCCAGGGUUAUUCCUCACCUAGACCACAAGGGGUAGUGCUGAUGCAGCGUAGAGAAGAUACAGCAGAGCUAGGGAGGAUCCAGAGGCCUGCUAAGCGGACGAUGGGAGGAUGGCAUGUGAUACUCCGUAAGGAAGGAAAAGAAGAAAGAGGCUCCUUCAUUUUGGGGGUGCUAAAAAAAGAUUUUGAUUCAGGUUUAUAAAUAGCUAUACAAGAUAUUUAUAGGGGAGAAAAGAUAGUUCACCAGUCCCUAAGAUACCACAACCAACCUCAAGGCCAAUUCCCUGCCCUUCAGCAGAAACCUGAAGGAGACAGGCAAAAACAAAGGGGAGUUCUUGCUUUACUUACUGGAAAAUUAAUUUUGGUAAUUGAUUUCCAGCUAAUAUCUUCUCUUAGAGUUCAUAGUUAACAUUAUGGAUGAGAGGUCACAUAAUUUGUUGUUAAUGGAAGCUAGGAAUGUUCUGGGAACAAGCCUAACUUUUGGUAAACUUUAUAACAAGGACAUGAUGUGCUCUUCCACAAACCAUACCUUCCUUAACUGAAGCAAAUAAAGGAUUGCAUGCUUACGGGAUGAAGUCCUUGAAUAUUCCAUACCAAGUAUUCUAUAGGCCCUAGGGGCUCUGAAAGCCAGCUUUAAGUUCUGUUUUGUGCUUUAAUAAACUAUCUGCAUUGUCAGAACUGUAGGUACACAACAAAGUAAAUUAUAGAAGCAUAGUCUGUGGGCUUCAGACAUAGAGCUUACUUUCCAAAAAAGAUUUGAAGAGGUUUCAUAAACCCUGCUUUGGGUAUUAGUAUGGAGGACUUACCUUUAAACCUCUGGCUUCUGGCAGUUAUUCCUAUUUCUGUAUUCAUAAUAGCCCCAUUCCUCUUGUAUGUUUGAAAUUUCUCUGACUGCCAUCAUAUGGAAUUUACUUUGCAAAUUCUGCCCACAUUUGUAUCCACAUACAAAUUUCAAAGACAUUUCAAAGUGGUGUUAUUUCUUUGCAUUUCUUGGUUACUCUUAGGUCUGUUAGGAUGACUGAGUUUCUGUUUACUAGGGAGAAGUGGAUACCAAAAAAUGUGGCUCUGCUUUGGUCUCCAGUCUUGCCAUAGGCCUGAAACCAAGAUACCAUUUUGCUGCUUUGGAAAAGACCUAUUACGAGAGACUUCCAUAUCGAAACCACAUCGUUCUGCAGGAAAAUGCACAGCAUGCCACCAGGUUCAUAGCUCUGGCAAAUGUUGGAAAUUCAGAAAAGAAAAAGUAUUGUUCCCAUGAAACGAAUGGAUGCAGCUGAACUAGUAAAACAGCCUCCAGAUGUCACUGAAAAUCCUUACAGGAAAUCCGUGAAGGAAGCAUCCACAGGAAAGCAAAUUCCUGCCCCUGAGGAAGAGUCAGCUUGUCAGUUUUUCUUUGAUUUAAAUGAAAGGCAGGGAAGGAAGCGUUCAUCUACAGGCAGAGAUAGCAAGUCUCCUCACCCAAAGCAGCCUCGCAAACCUCCUCAGCCUCCAGGACCCUGCUGGUUUUGCCUUGCCAGCCCUGAAGUGGAGAAGCAUUUGGUGGUCAACAUUGGCACACAUUGCUACCUUGCCCUGGCCAAAGGAGGCUUAUCUGAUGACCAUGUCCUUAUCCUGCCCAUUGGACACUACCAGUCAGUGGUGGAGCUUUCAGCAGAGGUGGUGGAAGAGGUGGAGAAGUAUAAGGCUACACUGAGGAGGUUCUUUAAGAGUCGAGGGAAACGGUGUAUUCUGUUUGAGAGAAAUUAUAAGAGCCAUCACCUCCAGCUACAGGUCAUUCCUGUGCCACUCAGCCGCUGUGCUACUGAUGACAUUAAAGACGCCUUCAUUACCCAGGCACAGGAGCAACAGAUAGAGCUGUUGGAAAUCCCAGAGCACUCUGACAUCAAGCAGAUUGCACAGCCAGGAGCAGCAUAUUUUUAUGUUGAACUUGACACAGGAGAGAAGCUUUUCCACAGAAUUAAAAAGAAUUUUCCUUUGCAGUUUGGAAGGGAGGUCCUGGCAAGUGAAGCCAUCCUUAAUAUUCCUGACAAGUCUGACUGGAGGCAGUGUCAGAUCAGCAAGGAAGAGGAGGAGACUCUGGCUCGCCGCUUCAGGAAAGACUUUGAGCCCUUUGACUUCACUCUGGACGACUAAGCAAAGGGAAAGGCACUUUAUGAACUUCACAGGAUGUAACAGCCUGUUUUUUAAAGAAACUAGUCUCCCAUGGGGACUGUUUCCCUGCCUCUUUUUGGUACAUUCCCAUGGAACCUGUCUGCAGCAAGAGGCCUAAGAUUGAAUCUUUUUGGAAAAAGUCACAUUGUAGGAUGAAAAUCCUAUGUUAAAGCAUGUUUGUCAUCCAGCUCCAAGUACAGCUUUUGUUUAUCAACACUUCCAAAAAAUUUAAAUUAUCAAAUAAAAUCCAGAUACUUUUCCAUG